AUGUCUUUGAUUGUUGUCUUCUAUCCUUCAGAUGCCUGCACCUUUAAGCGAAAGUCCAAUUCGUCCAUUAAACUUUGUAUGAUAGCGAUCACUUCUGUGUUAAAAUCUGUAAAAGAACCGAAAGAAGUUAUUACAUCGCAUCGAAGUGGUGGAGUCUUCGACUUCGACUUUCAACGACGUUAUAAAAGGAAUUACCAAGAGCACCUGACCCUUAUUUUUACUCGCACUGAAAGAAGCGCGAGACUGAAUGCUUAA